AUGGCCAACUGCACGUCGGAUCUCCACCUGCCUGCCUUCUUCUUUCACGGACUCACAGGAGACCCGAGCAAUGCGGUGAAGUACGAGCAAGCGUUCGCCGUCAAUGACCGAGCGCUUGUAGCCUUGAGUUUUGCUCCAGGUGCGGAGUCGGUGGCGGCACUGCCCACGCAGAUCCCCAAGGCUAUCGCGCAGAUACGCGAAGUAGUCGCCAGCGACGAACGAUUCCAAAAUGGCUACGUCUUCAUCGGCCACUCGUUGGGCGGCAUAAUGGCUCGAUCUGUCAUCGAGGAGAUGGACGACCACCAAGUGCACACGCUGAUCAGCUUGGCUGCACCACAAAGCGGUCUCUUCUACGGCCCGCAGCCCGAGGACACGAUUCCGAUGCAAGAGCUGCAGAUGUUCCCGACCGACAUCUUCGACUUCGCAACGUACCAAAACGACAGUAACCCUGCAGGGCUUCGUGGCCAGGCGCAGCGUGCGUUCGCCGAGCUCAGUGUGAACAAACCAGAGCUGCACGAGCAGUUUGCGUUCGUCAACCUUGGUCGGUUCCCAGCGAACGAGGUAUUGCUGGAGUCCAACCCGUUCCUGCCGGCGAUCAACAACGUCAACAAGGUCGAUGCCGAUGAUAAUCAAGCUCUCAAAGACGCGGAGCGACGCAAGCAGAACUUCCUCAAGCUCCAUGCUGCUCAUUUCGGGUAUGUCGGGCUCAGGGCGUUCCGUGACAGCAAUGGGAACGACGCUGGUGGACUCGAAAACAUCAGGGAAAGCGUCGACAAGGGUGGUGUAGGUAGCGGUGCCACGGCUUAG